AUGUCUUCACCAUCAUCUUCAUUCGACUUUGCACACUCACUUUCAACCAUUCCGGGAACAUCAAACCUCUCAUCUUUAAUCAAAUUCUUCUUGUUCUCGUUUAUUGUCUUUCAAUCCCUCACAUGGCUCUACCGUAUCACAUUCCACCCCUUGGCUAAAUAUCCAGGCCCAAAGAUAUGGGGCGCCACGGCUCUCGCGCAGACUUGGUACGCGCUGCAGGGCGAGUUCGCCUUCAAGGUGGCAGAGUUGCAUGCGGAAUACGGCCCCGUCGUCCGCAUAGGUCCAGGCGCCGUGUCUUAUAUCAACGAGGAGGCAUGGGAAGACAUCCACGGCAGAUAUGACGGCCGCAAGCAGCUCAAAAAGGCCAAGGAAUUCGUCCCAACUAGCCCGCCAAACGGCGCUCAGGGCCUGGUCUUUGUGCGCGACGACGCGGCGCAUGCGCGGAUCAGGCGCAACUUUUCACACGGGUUUUCCGACAAGGCCAUGCGGGAGCAGGGGCCUCUUGUUUCGGGGUAUUUCGAAGCGUUGGUUGACAAGAUGAGGAGUACGGGGAGGGCCAACGAGCCGCUGAAUGUCAUGAAGUGGUUUCAGCUCACCACUUUCGACAUAGUCAGUGAUCUCACGUACGCCAUGUUUCUCUUGGGCUUCAUGCGACAGUUUUUCCGUCUGGACAAGUUCCUCUUGCUCGUCAUGACUUCAGACAAACUCCCGUUGAAGAAAAACAAACACCGACUCAUGCUGAUCGAAAAGCUCAAUCGCCGCCUGGAGGUCAAGACCCCACGCAGCGACUUUAUGCAGCACGUCAUUCAGAAGCUCGACACCCCCGAAGGCAUCACUCGUGAUGAGAUGCUAAUGACCUCGUCCAACCUCCUCAUGGCCGGCGCAGAGACGACUGCCAUGACGCUCGCUGGGGCUGUCUACCUGCUCUGCCGCAACCCCGAAAAGCUCUCUUCGGCCGCCGCCGAGGUCCGCCGCGCCUUUUCCUGCGCCAAGGACGUGGACAUGACAAACACCACCGAUCGGCACCUCCCAUACCUGCACGGCGUCAUCAAAGAGGCCCUUCGUCUUUUCCCGCCCGUGCCGACGACGUUGCCGCGAACCACGCCUCCCGAAGGCCACGUUAUUGCCGGUGCCUUUGUCCCCGGGGGCUGCCAGGUGCUCGUUAACCAGUUGGCUGCGUUCAAAUCGCCGCUUCACUUUGCCCGAGCAAAUUUUUUCGAGCCCGAACGUUGGUUACCCCAAAACAACGGAGGUGAUGGCGGGGGCAGAGGUGCAGCGGUUAGGCCCGCCAAGUACGACGACGACGCAAGGGGGGUGCUUAAACCUUUUUCCACUGGCCCAAGGAAUUGCAUCGGAAAACAUUUGGCGUACGCCGAAAUCAGAGUAAUACUGGCCAAAAUUCUUUGGGAGUUUGAUCUUACGCUGCUGCCCGAAAGCAUCGGGUGGAUGGAGGGCUUGAAGAUUUUUGGGGUUUGGGAAAAGACGCCGUUGAUGGUUAGGUUUGAUAAAGCGUGGUGA